AAAAGAAAAUAAGUCCCUUGCGUUCCAUCCCUUAUUUUCCUUACCUUACAAGUAAUAUGGAACUAUCUGCAAAAUCUGGCACAUUUUAUUUGUUUUUCUUUCCGCAAGAUUUUAACAAAUUAUCAGUACAGAAAGUAAUUCUUUGAAGCACCAUUUAUGUUCAUAGAUCCUUAAUCCUUAUAAUAUUUGGACUAGGAUCUUUUAGAGUUUUUUAGGUAACUCUACUCUGAAAUUAUUAAAAUCAUAUCCAUUCACCAUGAAACUAGUAGCUUAGAUUUUGCCACAUUCUAAUCCAGAAUCCAAUUAAAGAGGCAGUUCUUCAACUCUUGAAAUAUCAAGUAUGCCUAUGGAAAUUUGUAAGAUUUCAAAGAAUUCAAUUGGUGAUUACUGAUUUAAAGGCAGUUCUUUUACUUGACAGCCAUGUCAUCAAAGGUUCUGGUAUGGGCUGACAUACUAACAGCUUAUGCCUUGUUUGUGAUGAUGACAUACUUGACAAAUGUCUGGAGUCUUACCAUUACCCAUGCUGCUGCAAUUGUGAAUGUGUUUACUGGUGUUGCGGCCAUAAUGCCUAUAGGCAUGACCUUCCUUGUUGAUGCUUUCAUGGGUGACUAUUGGAUGCUAUUGCUCUCCAGUCUUGCUUUUAGCUUUGGGAUGGGUUCCUUGACAAUGUCAACACCACCUGUCCUUUCUGAUGUUGCUGCAGGCAACUGUGGUGCAUGCAAGCCACUGAAGCCAGAUUGCAUUGGCAAUACCCAAAAGGCUCUCUUCUAUACAGCGUUAGCACUUGUAGCUAUUGGCAUAUCUGGUCAUAUCACAUCCUUAGAGUCUUUCCUGAAACAACAACAAGAAGAUAAUUCAGAGCAGCUUAGGCCAUGGCAAGCGGCAGGCGGCAGGCGGCUUGGGUGUGAUUCUUCUUCCAAUUGUUGCAUAAAUUCUGCACCACAGGGGAGUCCUUUUACAACUAUAUGUAGGGUCUUUGUAGCCUCUGCUUCCAAGAUGUUUCGUCAUCUCCCACCAAAUGAUAAUCAGGUGCCUCACACCCGGAGUCUUAGGUGUUUCGACAAGGCUGCCAUUGUAGUCGAAACCCAAAAUCAGGAACAGAAUGAAAAAAAUAGAUGGACACUUUGCAGCUUAGCAGAGGUGGAGGAUACAAAAAGUGUAGUACGCAUGAUACCCAUGUGGAUGACCUUCAUCAUGUGUGGGGUUGUGAUCUCCAUAGGAAACACUUAUUUCAUAGAGCAAGCAAAGGAUAUGAAUCAAAAGGUCGGAAAAUGGAAGAUCCCUCUUCCCAUAUUUAAACUAUUCUAUGACCUUGUAAAAGACUAUUUCCCUAAUCUGUAUGUCAAAGUAACUAAACUAGUUAUUAGAGAAAAAUAUAUACCCCCCUGUGGAAUCACAGCAGCAAUGCUGUUUUCUAUACUGUGUUGUAUCACAGCUGCAGAGGUGGAAACCAGGAGGCUAGACGUGGUUAAAAGGCACGGGUUUGACAAUUCUAAUGACAAUAAUGAGAAAAUCCCAAUGAGCAUGUUCUGGCUUCUUCCACAGUUUCUCCUUCUUGGUGCCGUUUAAGGAAUCUCUAAGGACUGCAUUGAUCGAUUCUUCACUAAUCAAGCUCCUACCUCAAUGAAGCGCUACUUGCAACUUUUCAGCUACGGUGUGAUGGGAGCAGGAACGGUGGGUAGUGUUCUUUCAGUUUAUGUUGUGGGAAAGGUCAGUGGAAGUGUAGGGAAACGAAGUUGGUUUCAGGACACAUUGGAUAAAAGUCGAUUGGAUAACUACUACUGGACACUGACAGUGUUGAGUUCUGCAAAUCUUAUUUUGUACAUCUUGGUGGCAAUGUUUUACACCUAUAAAGACCCACCAAGUGAAGAACCUACACAACCUUAGGAAGUUCAUGUGCAUUGUUGUUGUUGUUGUUGUUGUUGUUGCUGUGGUUAGUAUUCUUAGAACAAUUUCAUUUUACAUUCAUUUCCUUGUAUUCUCCAAUUCAAUGUGGCAGUAUUCUUUGUAUUCAUUGACGUUUGUGAAGUGCAAUGAUUCAACAAGCUUAAGUUAUUGAAACUGUAGAGAUUUUCUUUCUCA